ACCAAAGCCACUGCGCCCGUGAUCUUUGACUUCUUCCAUCCCAUCGACCUCCCAUCCCAUCUUAUUGCCAAUUUCAAGCCCUUAGCUGAGCUAUUUCCCCUCGUCUUCAGCCCAACUUCAAAAGAUGUCUUACGCCGAAGCUGCUGCUCGUGGACCCAAGCAGUCCCCCGAAGAGGCACGCGCUCCCGCUCCUCCGCAGGUUGUGCACGAUGAGGGCAGCGUGAGCUCUUUGAUCGACGUCGACAGCCCGCACGUCUCGAGUGUGCCUUCGGACUAUGAAUCGCAGUCGGUGAAGACCGAUACCCAGGCCCUGCGCAUUGAGCACGAAGAGGAGGAUAAGCAGCGUGAGGAGGAGCGCAAGAAGGCUGCUGCCAAAGCCAAGGCCCACAAGGGUGGUAAGAAGAUCAAGGAAAACGUCGACAACCCCGUCGUCCUCGGCAACGCAGUCGCAGUUGUUGGUUUGGGAAGCGUGCUCGGUUGGGGCGCAUACCGGAAAUACAUUGCUGGAGAGCUUUCGUGGAAGGUUGUCGGUGCUUGGGCUGGCAUCGUUGGCCUCUUCGCUGCAGGCGACUACUACCUUAGCAAGUAUCUCUUCAGAAAGUACCCCACGAAAUAAAUUUGAGGGCUAGGAUGGACUGUGUGGGUGCAGUGGGGUAUUGACUCUCGGAGGC